AUGUGGUCUUCGGGCAUUUCAUGGGGCUUGCCACUCGUGCUGCUCAGCGCUCUGCCGGCCAGAGUGUUGGGUGGUGACAUCCUCUCUACUCAAGGAUACAGUCUCUGUUCAAGCGACCCUACCAUUCAGGUUCAAGCCUUGGACAUCCAAUACGACCGAUCGACAAACCAGGUCGUCUUCAAUGUAGCAGGAAGCAGUUCCAUAUCACAAAAAGUCAAGGCCAAGAUUUUGGUUACCGCGUACGGAAGACAGGUCUAUGAGAAAUCCUUCAACCCUUGCGACUCGGAUACCUAUGUUGAACAACUUUGUCCUGUUCCUGCCGGUAGCUUCGCCGCCCAAGGUAACCAAUCCAUUCCUGCCGAAUACGCCAGUCAAAUCCCCUCGAUCGCUUUCAACGUACCAGACUUGGACGGCGUAGCCAAGCUCGAACUUUUUGCCGACGACGAUGAUACCAAAGAUCUUGCUUGUGUUCAAUCAACCGUUAGCAAUGGAAAAUCGAUGAACGUGCAAGCAGUCACCUACGUCGCUGCUGGUAUGGCUGGCGCCGCCCUGGGAAUAUCUGCUCUUGGUGCUGUCGUUGGUGGCUUCCACGUCGGUGGUGCUUCACCGAGUCCUACGUUUGGCGAAACCUUUGGCUGGUUCCAAGGCAUCGCAACGAACGGCAUGCUCAGUGUCACGUACCCUACUAUCUACAGCAGUUUCGCGAAGAACUUCGGUUUCAGCACUGGUCUCAUUCCCUGGGGCCGCAUGCAACAAACAAUCGACAGUUUCAGGUCUAUGACUGGUGGAGAUUUGACAACCGACAGCUAUGCUUUCUUGCAGAACUCCACUUUGGUUGAUGCCAGCACCGGUAGCAAUCUCACCAGGCGUGGCCUUGACACAAUGUUCCUCUACGCUAGAGACUUCAGUGCUAGCGUCAACGGAACCACUGCCAUCAGUCAGGGUUCAUCCGACUCUAGCAACAGCACCACUACCGAAAGCAAGCCUAUGCACUACGUUCACGGCAUCCAGGCUUAUGUGGAGAAGCUCUCCAUUCCUCAAGGAAACACUUUCAUGACCAUCUUGCUCUUCUUCGCAAUUGUCAUUGCUGUCAUCACCGUCGGUAUCCUGCUCACCAAGGUCAUUCUUGAAGCUUUGGCUCUUAUGGGAAAUCUUCCCAAAUCCAUGAACAGUUUCCGCAAGCGUUACUGGUGGCGUCUGGCAAAGACGAUUACCAAUUUGGUCAUGCUCGCCUACGGUGUUUGGACUCUUUACUGUGUAUACCAAUUCACUAACGGCGACUCUUGGGCAGCCAAGGUCCUCGCCGGUGUCACUUGGGCUAUUUUCACUCUUAUUCUCGGAUUUUUCGCAUUUACUAUCUGGCAUAAGGCUAAGAAGUAUCAGAAGAUGGAUGGUGAUGCUAGCAUGCUGUACGAACACAAGGAAACUUGGGUCAGGUACGCCUUCCUUUAUGAAAACUUCAAAAAGGGCUACUGGUGGUUGUUCAUUCCCACCAUUGUCUACGCCUUCGCCAAAAACGCCAUGAUUGCCGGAGCAAACGGUCACGGACUCAUUCAGACCAUUGGUCAAAUCGCCAUCGAGUGUCUUCUGCUCAUCCUCCUCGUCUGGUCGAGACCAUACACCCUGAAGAGCGGCAACGUUAUCAACAUUACUAUUCAGGUCGUCCGCGUCAUUUCGGUGAUUUGCGUGCUCGUCUUCGUUGAGGAGCUGGGCAUUAGUCAGACAACCAAGACUGUCACUGGUCUUGUUCUGAUUGUUGUGCAAUCCGUCCUCACUGGUGUGCUUGCGAUUCUCAUCGCUGUCAAUGCCAUCAUCACCUGUGUCCGCGCCAACCCUCACCGCAAGAGAAGAAAGGAGGCUGAAAAACUCAAGAACCGCGACCUUGACGACCUCACUCCUCUGGACGCCCGCAACUCUCUUCUCAUGGAUCCCACGCAACUCACCGAAUACAAGGGUGCAGGAUCGCAAGUAUCCGAAUACAAAAAGGCACCCCUCGUCUCACCUUCGCUCACCAGCACGACCACAAAAUCCAAGAUCGCUUACGACCCUCUAUCCAAGAGAUCGGAGAGCCCAUACGGAUACGGAGGAAGACCAGAACUUUCGCGGGACGAGAGUCAACAAAAUCUUGUCUCUGGCGCGGCCAGCAUGGGAGGCAGAGACCGAAGUAAUAGCCCUGCACGACAGCCCAGGUUGCCGGAUGUCGAGUUUGGACAGUUUGACUUCCGUCAUCAACAUUGA